AUGCAUGGGUCGCUGAAAGACUCCUACUUACUGCGCACCAAUUUCAGGGAUGUGGCGCCUCAGAUACUCCACAUAAACCACUGGCAAGUGGUCGCUGAGAGCAUCCGCCGCCACAUAUCAGACCUCAAUGAGUACGAGUCACGAGACAGUGAAGAUUUGGAUGCUCUGGAGGAUUCAGAAGAUGUGAAUGAUUUGGUCACGUCAAAUGAUGCAGUUUCGCCUCAUGUGAAGCUUGGAUCAAGGCAAGCUGUGCAGACCUUCGAAUUGAUCAAGAACACUCACAAAGAGGACGACACAUUCAAAAAAUUUCGGAUCAAGCUCAACGAGUUUUUGACUAACUUUCUACAGGCUAUUCAAGUCCCUUUACCAGGUGGAAAGCAGGUCCAACUCAGAGCAAGUGAUAUGAUUACUGAGUGCCGUUUUUUGAAGGUCAACUACGAGUCCAUGGUCAGUUGGCGGCAACAAACAGACUACCUUCGAUGCAAUCCCAAAUUCUUCAAUAAUUCGUGUUUUGAUUGUGUUUUGAUUCAGACAACAGACAAAGUGAUAUUUGGUCGCCUGCUCUUUCUGUUUGAAUGUGUAGACAAACACCUCAACCUUUAUCGUGUUCGAGCAAGACCCUGUGCGCACACUGAGUUUUUCUCAGUAAGGUCAAUAAUUCGUGGAGCUCUCCUCGUUCCAGAUGGUAGUACCGAUUACCUUGUCGUCAACACCAUCGACACUGACAUGUUCCUUUGGGUGAGGGCACUGCAUCUUGAGGCAGGUCAUCCAAUCCGUGUUUGA